AUGAAGGGGAAUCUGAUUUUCGCCAACGGUUUACAGAAGGCUGAUUCGAAUUCAAAUCCUCUGUGGAAGUGGAAAGGAAUCGAUUUGGCGACGAGAAAGCCCGAAAACAAGCUGUAUUCGGUGCCGGAAUUCUUCCACGAGAAGAUAGAUGACGCUGUCCUCGGCCCCGGAGUCGGCGCCGGAAUUGGCUGCGGCGCGGGGUUGGGGUUGGGGGUGGUCGGCGGCGCCGGCUUAUUCAGCUCGCCGUGGAAUAAUCUUAGAGUGGCAUUUGGCGUCGGAAUUGGAUGCGGCGUGGGUGUUGGAGUCGGGUACGGGCAGGGAUACGGCGGAGGGUUCAGCUUGGAAUCCCUUAGAUCUUAUUGGCUGAAGCCCAGAUCCAAAUCUAAGGGCCGGGUUCGGGUUUAG